AUGGAAGACGAAGAACCUUCAAAUACAGGCAUGGAAGAUGGAGAAGCUUCAAAUAACCUUUCGGAAAAACUACCAAAACGAGUCCUCGGCGAUGGUUGCUACCCCGUUGGUGCUCGGUUGAACAUAUAUUCAAAGGCCAAUGUCAUUGGCCUCCUUGUCGAGGCGUUAAAGGGUACUGAAGAUCUUGAGAAGCUACUUCAUUCCCAGUUUGGGAAGUUGUUCCAUCUACCUGUUGCAAGAUGUUGCAACAGCGCCAAACUUGUCCAUGCCCUUCUAUCACGACAACUUGUGACCACGAAGAAACACGAGAUUUGGUUCCUCUUUGGUGGACAGCCUCUGAGAUAUUCGAUACGGGAGUUCAAGGAAAUCACUGGAUUGAAUUGCAAUCCCGAACCUGAUAGCACAGAAGAAGAAGACGAUGUGGGAAAAACAGGAAUCUGGAAAGACCUGUUCGGAAGAGCGAAGGCGAUGAACGUGUUUGAUGUGCUUGAAAUGUUAAAGGACCCGGAUCUACCCCGAUGGAAACGGCUUCCAUUGGCCCUAAUCGUUCUUGUCGACGGUGUUUUGUUUUGCAAUAGCAAAAAUCUAGCCUUCACCGAGAAAUACGUUGCGAUGCUUACUGACUUGGAUAAGUUCAUGCUGUAUCCAUGGGGGAGGGUAUCCUUUAACAAAACAGUAUCUCGUUUUCAAGCUCCGAAGGCAAUCACGGAUGCCGAGAAAAGGGAGAAUCCUGUAACACGAUUGCGCCGUCAGCUUAAACAGAAAACCAGUGCAUGCUAUGGAUUCCCUCUAUUACUACAACUCAUGACCCUCUAA